AUGCAGAUUACCUGGCGCAAGACCGCUGAUCCUGACACCUAUGAAGACGCCCGCGUGGGCCGCGUCUUCAACCGCCGUCGCCCUCAACGGUACCCCUCGGCCGUGGUAAAGGCAAGUAGCCAAGAUGACAUUGUGGCUGCGGUGAAGCUGGCCAUUGAGAAUAACUGUCGGGUCGCAGUUCGUUCUGGCGGCCAUUCGUGGGCUGCGUGGAGCGUCCGGGACAACUCGAUCUUGAUCGACCUGGGCAACUACAAGCAGCUUGAAGUGGACCCGAAGAGGGCAAUAGCAUGGGCAACUCCAAGCAUGACAGGAAAGGAUAUCAAUGGUGUGUUGACCAAGGAGUACGGGUUGAUGUUUCCUGGGGGCCAUUGCCCUGACGUUGGCAUUGGUGGUUUCCUGCUUCAGGGCGGAAUGGGUUGGAAUUGCAGAAACUGGGGAUGGGCCUGCGAACGUGUUCGCGCUCUAGAUGUGGUGACAGCUAGUGGGGACUUGGUGCAUUGCAAUUCGCAACAGAACCGUGAUCUCUAUUGGGCUGCUCGUGGAGCCGGGCCAGGAUUUCCUGGCGUGGUGACCCGAUUCCAUCUCGACCUCGUGCCGUACCCUAAAGGUGGCUUCCGGUCAUCGGGCUAUGUCUACCCCAUACGACAUUACCACGAGGUCUUUCGUUGGAUCAUAUCUAUCACUCCAGGUUUUGAUAACGAUACCGAAAUUGCAGCUGUGGCCAACUACCCUGAGGGCCAAGAUGAGCUAUGCUUGUUUAUUCUCUUCGUCACCAUGAAGUCCUCCGCGCAAGAAGCUGAACGGGCACUCGCCCCAGCCCAGGGGACACGGCCAGCAGGGGCUAUUGCUGAGUGGUUUUGCCAGGAGGACAGUCUUGAGAACCAAUACAUCAACCAAGCUAAAGCAAACCCAGAAGGACACCGCUAUUGUGCCGAUAACGCUUACAUACACAACGACGCAGAUGUUCCUGCUGUUCUAGAGGAGGCGUUCACUACACUUCCGCAUAAGAAAUCGUUCGCUCUUUGGUUUGGAAUGAAUCCCUGCAGCCGGCGGAAACUCCCAGAUAUGGCGUUGAGUAUGCAGUCAGACCAUUACUUUGCGCUGUAUACCGUAUGGGAGGAUGAGAAGGAUGACCUCCGAUGCCAGACAUGGGUUCAGAACAUCAUGCGGAAAGUCGAACGACAUUCAGUUGGGGCGUAUCUGGGAGAUUCGGACUUUCAAGUGAGGAAAACUCGGUAUUGGGCUGACGACAACGCCCAGCGUCUGAUGGAGAUUCGUCGCAAAUGGGAUCCCACGGGGAGGAUAUGUGGAUAUUUGGAUAAGGGUGACAUCUCAGGAACACAAGGAUUGCUAAAUGCACACGAAUGGAAACUGUAG